GUGCGCCACUUUCCCACCUUGUAACUGUGUAUAAGACUAACAACUAAACAAGUUGAAAUACUAUCAUGAUGUGUACAUGUACUGUCGCUGUUAUUUGUAUUUCUGCAUGAAGAUAACUGUGAGGUAAAGGGGCACUGUGUUGUCUUGUCAGUGAUCGGUAAGAUAAGUGACUAUGAUUAAAAGCUGUCACUUGGUUUGUCCAAACAACACGCACGACCCCAUCCCUCUUCCUGACAGGGAGGCUGUCCACGUGGGUAGAAGUGAAGCUACCAGGUGUAUCGACCCCAGAUGUUCCAGGAAGCAAUUGGAGGUGACUGCUGAUUGGUCGACGGGAGAAGUGACGGUUAAACAGCUGGGUGCCAACUCCUCGGCCAUUGAUGGAAUAGAGCUAGAGAAAGACAGAACAUGCAAGCUGUCAGCAGAUGGCACUAUAUAUCUUUUGGCUGGAUUGUAUCCUCAGAAAGUCAAAUUCAAAUAUGUGAAGUCCCCAAAAUCAACCAGUACAGUAACAACUGAGGACCUUAAAAACAAUUUAAAGGAAAAGAAGCGGCAAUCAGUCAAAAGGCCUGCAUCUAAUAACACUGAUUCUGGUCAGGAGGCGAAAAAGCCCAGAAAAUCUGACUCAAAGGAUAAAGGAAAGUCUAAUGAUGUAGAUAUGAAGAAUGAUUCAGCAAAUAGAACUAUAGAGGAAGAUGAGGAGGAUAUAAAACUUCUGGAACAAAAACUAAAAAUUCUAAAGAAAAAUGCUGCUGAGAAAAAGUUUACAUUCACUCCAGACAGUCAAGAUGUGCCAUCCAAAAAUGGACAGAAAACCAUCUUGACUGGAGGUAAAGAAAAGGCAGCUGCUGUUGAAUCACCAAAGAAACCCUCAACUCAGAACUCUGGAUCUGGUUCAUCCAAGAGUCCCUCAGCUAUGAACACUUCAGCUGGAUCUGGUUCUAUAAGUAAAUCUGUUCAGGUAACAGAGGGUCCACCAGCAACAGAGACUAAAUGGCAGCAGUUUGAGAAACUGUAUGUGUGUACACGGAAAGGAGUGAUGGCCAGAAGUAAGAUUGCUGGGUUUGAUAUUGAUGGAACCAUUAUAACAACCCAGUCUGGUAAAACGUUUCCUACUCACUCUGGUGACUGGAGAAUUCUUUAUCCGGAGAUUCCAGGGAGGCUGAAAAAAUUGCAUAACGAUGGCUACAAGAUUGUCUUUUUUACAAACCAGCUGGGUGUUUCUAGAGGAAAGACUACUAUUGAAGAAUUAAAGACUAAAUUUAGCAGUGUUCUUGAUAAACUUGGAGUUCCUGCACAGAUUCUUAUAUCCACUGGGGGUGGAGUCUACCGGAAGCCAGCCCGAGGAAUGUGGGACUUUCUUCGUCAGAAAGCCAAUAAUGGUGUUAAAAUUGAUAUUAAUGACAGCUUAUAUGUGGGAGAUGCUGCUGGGAGGCCAGAGAAAUGGGCAGCCAAAAAGAAGAAGGAUUUUUCUUGCAGUGAUAGGCUGUUUUCCCUGAAUAUCGGGCUGAGAUUUUACACUCCUGAGGAGUUCUUCAUGUUCCAGAAGGCAGCUCCUUUUUCUUUACCAGAGUUUGACCCAAGAGCCAUAGACACACGUGCCCCCCUUUUAGAUCCUCCCAGUGCCUCUGUAACCUCUAAAUCACAGGAGGUUGUUGUCUUGGUAGGAUUUCCAGCCUGUGGCAAAUCAUUCUUUUCGAAAACUUACAUGAUUCCUAAAGGAUAUGUGCAUGUCAAUAGGGACACUCUAGGAACUUGGAAGAAAUGUGUAGAUAUGUGUGCCAAGUCACUGAGAAAGGGACAGAGUGUGGUCAUUGAUAAUACUAACCCUGACAAAGAAUCCAGGCAGAGGUAUAUAAACUGUGCCAAGACAGCGAAGGUACCCUGUAGAUGUUUUUUCUUCACUGCCACAAUAACACAGGCCAGACACAAUGAAAGGUACAGGGAGAUGAUUGACAAGUCUCACCAACCAAUCAAUGACAUGAUAAUGAACACAUUCAAAUCUAAACUAAAGACUCCAGAGUUAUCUGAGGGCUUCAAAGAAAUUGUUCGUGUUAAUUUUGUGCCUAAAUUCAAGGAUUCUGAAAACGAAAGACUGUACAAACAAUACUUGUUGGAAAAGUGAAAUGCACAACACAAACAAUUUAUCUUUAUAUAUUAUUGCAUGCAUCAACAGAAUUUUAAAUAAAGAAUUGUUUAUAAGCUU